AAACCUUCAGUUUCCCGCCAAUUCGAAACCCUAAAAUCGUUUGUCUCACAUUCCAAUCGACGCUUGCGUUUCAUCCAAUGGCGGAGGAAGAAAACACCGAAACGAUCCGACCCGAGUUCCCUACCGGCCGGGUCAAGAAGAUAAUGAAGCUUGACAGGGACAUCAACAAGGUGAACUCGGAAGCCCUAUUCCUCGUUUCGUGCUCAGCCGAGCUCUUCCUCCGAUUUCUCGCCGAGAAAUCCUCAGAGGUCGUGAUCCAAAAGAACCGGAAGACCGUGAAGCUCGAACACAUGCGAAUCGCCGUCCAGAGGCACCGGCCGACUAGCGAGUUUCUCCUCGACUCGCUUCCUCUGCCUUCUCAGCCCUCGGAUCGCCCUGCAACCGAUCCAAACCGUUCUCGCCCCGUUGCGGAGAAACCGGUCCCAGCUGGCACUCGACGUAUCGACGAUUUCUUCAACAAGCCAACGGAUCAAAUUCCGGUUCAGAUCGACAACGACGAGGCGUAGAUUCGUUUUCCUUUGGUAGCGGUGGAAAGGGAUUGGGGCCCCGUUGAUUAAUUGUAGCAACGGUUACUCCGGUCUGCUAAUCUUGUUUAUCUGCUUGUAAUUGAAUGUUUUUAAUCUUGAUCGUGACUAGUCUUUGAAAAUGUCUAUUGUGAAUAGGAAUUUGAUGGUUAUUUACAAGUAGUU